GAUUGGCUAGAGCGAAAAGCAAAGGCCAAUGAACGACCAGCAUCCUCUCUGCUCCGUCAGCUGUUGGCGAGUCCAAAAUUCGAAAUCUCCUCACAUGUGCUCAAACAUUCAAUGUUUUCCUGUAGAAGAACUUGCAUAAAUUUCUGAUUAUAUCCCACGCUCGGCUUGUAAUUUUCUCACAAGCAAUCAUGCCAGUGUCCUGCACCACCAACUGCGGUAGGAAGGCCAUCCUGCGCCGUCCGAAGACAGGAACGUCUCUCUGUAAGGAGUGCUUUUUCGAUGCCUUUGAAACCGAGGUACACCACACCAUCACGAGUGGCAAGUUGUUCUACCCGAGACAGCUGGUGGCCAUCGGCGCGUCCGGCGGCAAAGACUCGACAGUGCUGGCAUACGUCAUGAAGUUCCUCAACGACAAAUACGACUACAAACUGAAUCUCAUGUUGCUGUCCAUCGACGAGGGCAUCACAGGCUACAGAGACGACAGUCUGAACACCGUCAAGGAGAAUAAAAACGACUACCAAUUACCCCUUAAAAUAUUAUCCUAUCAGAAUUUAUACGGCUGGACAAUGGACCGGGUGGUAGAAGAAGUGGGCAAGAAGAAUAACUGCACCUUCUGCGGCGUCUUCAGACGGCAGGCAUUAGAGAGAGGGGCCGUGAUGAUGGGGGCCUCGUGCAUCGCUACUGGACACAACGCGGACGAUAUUGCUGAGACUGUCCUGAUGAACAUAAUGAGGGGUGACGUCGCCCGUUUGGGACGUUGCUGUGCGGCAAUUACGUCGUCGGAUGGUGCUCUGCCCAGGGUCAAGCCACUCAAGUUUUGUUACGAGAAGGAAAUUGUCAUGUACGCCUACUUCAGGAAACUCAAGUAUUUCUCGACGGAAUGUGUUUACGCCCCAAACGCGUAUAGGGGUCACGCAAGGAAUUUCCUCAAAGAACUUGAGCGAAUUAGACCGUCUGUGAUCAUGGACAUUAUCCACUCUGGGGAAAAUUUGGUGUUUCAAACAGGAAUCAAGACGCCGCAGCAGGGAACUUGCUCCAGUUGUGGCCACGUUUCCAGUCAAGAGCUGUGCCAGGCGUGCACCCUACUCCUCAGUCUCAAUGAGGGCAAGGCCAAACAGGGCGUCAGCAAAAAGUCACAUAAAAUUAGGAGUACAUGAAUGGACAUUUAUU